AUGGAUAAUAAGUCUUAUCCUGUGAUGCUCACUCUUAUGGUGCCUAAAGAAUCAAAAUCAUUUCGACAUGCGUAUUUCACUUGUUUUCUUUUCCUCUAUUUGCUUAUAUUGUCAAUUAAUUUUCGACUUGUUUCAGUUAUUGUCAUGGUGAAAUCUCUUCACGAACCAAUGUUUAUAUUCUUGGUUCAUCUGUGUGUGAACGGAGUAUAUGGAGCCUCAGGAUUCUACCCUAAAAUGUUAUCUGAUCUAAUCUUGGACUCAUAUGUGAUCUCCUCUUACAUGUGUGCUCUGCAAACCUUUGUUAUCUACAGUUCAUUACUGUGUGAGUUUACAAUAUUAACAGUCAUGUCAUAUGACAGAUAUGUAGCCAUUUGCAGACCUUUGGAUUAUCAUUCCAUAUUGAAUAAAAGCACUUGUUGCAAAAUAAUUUUUGUUUCUUGGAUUGUACCCAACUGCUGUGUGAUUCCAGCAGUCCUGUUAUCAAAUCUGAGGACAUUUUGUAAAAACCACAUUGACAAAUUAUACUGUGACAACUGGUCAAUUGUAAAACUGUCUUGUGCAUCAUCUUUUGUUAAUAAUAUUUACGGCUAUGUUGUUGCUGUCAUAUGUGUAUGCUGUGCAUUUAUUAUUAUACUGUCCUAUGUUAAACUCAUUGCUGCCUGUAAAACAUCUCUAGAAAAUAGAAGAAAAUUUUGGCAAACAUGUUUACCACAUGUACUAUCACUGAUAAAUUUCACCUGUGCUUUGCUUUUUGAUUUCAUGUAUAGCAGAUAUGGUGCAAAUGACAUUCCAGAGAGUUUGCGUAAUUUUUUGGCUUUAGAACUGAUUAUUGUUCCACCUAUUUGUAAUCCUGUAAUCUAUGGAUUAAAUAUUAAGAAACUGCGCAGAAGAGCAUUUCCCUCAUGCUCGUCCUGUCUGAGAGGCUCAGGAGCGGCUACUUCCCUGGACGAUGGGGUGGCUAAGGAAGUGUUUACGUCCCCCAGGUGGAACAUGCAGUCGCGGUGCACCACAGACAGUUGCUACUUGGAGGGUCGACCAAGGCUCCCUUCCAAGUCAGCAGGUGAUGAAGUCCCUGUGAGCCACCUUCAUCCCGGGCAAUCUGAACCAGGCAGCCACUAUGUUCUCAUCAGUGGACGCUCCACAGACUCAACUCCAUCCCUGCACAGUCAGGCUCAUAUUGGGGCGGUUCAGCCAGGCCCAGCCUACAACUGGCUGAGGGACAAGCAAAAGUAUGCCAUCCCCACAGUGAGCCGUCUUGCACAGUUCCUGUGCAAUAUCCCCCUGACCUAUUCUCCAGAUGGAGGGCAUUCUAUUGCAGGGAAAGGGCACGGUGUAGCACCACAGGCCAGACCUCUGGAACAUCCAUGUCUGUCGCCUGGAUGGGAAGAGGAGAGACUGAGCGGCUUUCUGCUGUCGGUCGUUGAGACUGUCCUGCAGGCUAGAGCCCCGCCGUUUAAACGUCUUAAAGUGGCUCCUCUUCUCUUCCUUGUGUUCUUCCCGAGGUACUCGCUGGAGGACUUUGAAAAUCGAGUCCUCCAAGCAAUUGGCUCCGAGUUCUGCAUCAGGGUAGCUGAUGGGGACUUGAGCGACCAGUAUCAUAAGUGGGGGGAUCGCUCCGACUCACCCUGGUACCACGACUCACUCUUCACAAAGCCUGGCCGCCGUGCCUCCAGAUGGCGUGCAGGUCGGACUCCUAGCCGGACUUCAGCGGCCUUUCCGCUUCUGAGCUUCACAUGCUCUCUGGCAUCUCCGCCUCUAAACCCUGCAGUGUCUCCGUCUCCGAGCAUCCCCUGA